AUGAACUUGAAAUUGGCUCAUCUUCUCCUAGCUAUAUGCACAUCUAUAGUCUUGAUCUUAGUCUGGGCUUUCCAACCUAGAGGAGAGAAGCUCAGGGUUUGUGAGAACCAUCUCCAGAAGGUGAGACUGGAGGAGGGAGGCCAUGAGGAUCACAGCCUGGUAUUUGCUGAGUUAACUCCAGCAGAGCUGAUCCAAGUGAAGAGGUACUUGCAACACAACUUGGGGGUGCCGCUGGUAGAUCCUCCUCAAGCCAAGCCAUCCGACAACUGCAUUUUUUCGAUCACCCUUCAGCUUCCUCCCAAAGCAGAAGUGUUGAAAUACCUGGACCAUCAAGGGCCCAGGCCUAUCCGACAAGCUCUGGCUGUACUUCAUUUUGGAAACCAGAAGGACCCAAACAUCACUGAGUUUGUGGUGGGACCCCUUCCAAAGCCAAUGCACCACCAAGAUGUUACAGUGCAAAGGUAUGGAGGAAAGUUGCCUUAUUCCAGAAGGUUUCUUCUAAAUAACGAGUUUCAUGAUCUAUAUACUUUUCUGAAGGAGAAGGAAUAUCCCAAGGCCCCAAACUUUAUGCACAAGUUACUGGAUUACAAUGGAGGCAACUUUUCCUAUAUCCCUGUGUUGCCACCAGGGCUGAAAUCAGGAGACCGCAAAAUGUGGCUGCCUCAUUUCCAGAAGGUCCUUGGCUAUUAUCUGCAUCCAGUUGGAUUUGAGGUCCAGGUGGACUUUAGCUGUCUGGAUAUUUCCCAGUGGAAGGUGCUUAAUGUGUUCUAUAACGGACAGUACUUUGAGGACAUGGAAGACAUUGAGAGACAAUUUAAUGCGGGGCAUGUUAAAGUAGCCAAGGUCAAAAAGGCUCCUCUUGAUGGGGGAUACUCCUCACUGAAGCCGAGGGUGCCGCAUGAGGGACCAGGCCCAUUGCACUAUGCACCUCGUGGACCACGCUAUAGCAUCAGGAAUAACCAAGUUGCUUUCAUGUCAUGGAGUUUUGCCUUUGGAUUGGAUGGAAUUAGGGGGCCACGUGUCUUUGACAUUAAGUUUAAAGGUCAGAGGAUAGUCUAUGAGUUAAGCUUGCAAGAUGCAGGUUCUAUUUAUGGGUCCAACAAUCCAGCAUCAAUGCUGACUAGAUACAUGGACUUAAGCUUUGGCCUUGGAUAUACAGCCUCGACACUCACCCAGGGUGUGGAUUGUCCUUACUUAGCUACUUAUUUAGACAGUCACUACUUCAUUGAUUCCUCAUUACCUGUUCUCCGCAAAAACUCUAUCUGCAUCUUUGAGCUGAAUGCUGAGGUCCCUGUGCGGCGCCAUGAACAGGCUCCAUUCUAUGGAGGCUUGGUUGAUUCAUCUCUAGUCUUCAGGUCCAUAUCUACAGCUGGUAACUAUGACUACAUCUGGGACUUAAUUUUUCACCAAAAUGGAGUUGUUGGUGUCAGGGUCUUUGCCAGUGGAUACAUUUUAUCUGCUUUUUACUUUGGUGAUGCUGCAAAAUUUGGCAACAGAGUUGAACAAUGGGUUCUGGGAACAAUUCACACUCACAACAUAAACUUCAAAGUGGAUAUGGACAUUGGUGGUGUGGAAAAUUCUGUAAUAGCCAAUGACAUGGCUUUUGAGACUGUGGCAGCCCCUUGGAGCCCAGAGCAUAAGAUCAACCGAAUGAGGAUGGUAAGGCAAGUCUUGGAGACUGAGAACGAGGCCGCUUUCCGUCUUCAUGACGACAUGCCCAGAGUCAUAUAUUUUGCACCCAACAGCACAAACAGGUGGGGCCAUCUACGUGGCUAUCGUAUCCAGAUGAUCAGCUUUUCUGGGGACCACCUGCCAGAAAAAGACCCAAUGGAGCGAGCCAUCAGUUGGGGCAGGUACAAGCUGGCUGUCACCAAGCGGAAAGAGACGGAACCAUUCAGCACCAGUGUCUAUAACCAGAUGGACCCAUGGACGCCUUCAGUUGCCUUUGCUGACUUUAUAAACAAUGAGAGCAUUGUCAAUGAGGACCUGGUUGCCUGGAUCACGGCUGGCUUCCUGCAUAUUCCACAUGCUGAGGACAUACCUAACACACCAACAAUCGGAAAUGUGAUUGGCUUCCUCCUGAGACCCAACAACUAUUUUGAUGAUGACCCCUCCAUGUAUUCUCCAGAUGGUGUUUUUUUCACCAGCCAAGAGGACUUCACUUCCUGUGAUGUCAACCAUCUUGCAUGCCUGCCAAAAACAGCUGCAUGCAUGCCCAACUUUCCCCCUUUCACUUAUGAGGGCUUCCAAAACACGACAAAGCUCUGAUCCCUUCUGGUCUUCGGAUGGGUGGGCAUGUUUUGAGUUGGAAGCAGGAGGGAGUACAGCUCAGCAUGAAAUCUGUGAAUGCGAAGAUCAGCUAAUGCUGAGCUCUGUCUAUCCAGUGUCUUUGAAAGCUGAAUCUUAAGCCUUCUUGCAUGUGUUGUAUAUGUUUGAAAAUUGUAUUUGCAAUAAUCCUUUCUCUGGGCUCAGAUGUCUCCAGGAGAUUGCUCAGGUGCAGUUUACUUUCCCUACCAGCUUUCUUUUACUAAAUGCUCAUAUGUGUCUCACUACCAUCCCAAGAUGCCAAUUGGUGUAUCUACACUAUAAGUAAAUUGCAAAACAAUUGUCCUCCCU